UAGCGAGGCUUUGGUCUGCUUGUGGUGUACAAAGUCGAGUCUCUCCAGCGCGCCCUCCCCGCCGCCGCCGCCAUGUCGCCGCUCGCCCGCUCGCUGCUCGCGCUCGCCGCGCUGCUCGCCGCCGCCGACGCCCAGGGACAAUGCACGACGAAAACUGUCGGUCAAGUAACAAAUCAUCCUGUAUAUAUAGGUCCCGUACAUAUUGAUCCCCCGGCGGAAGAGGUGGACAUUGAUGAUGGUGCUUGCGGGCCAUAUAGGAAGGCGGUUGGUGAAAAGAUAGUGUGUUGCAACACCAGUUUAUACCCCAAUUAUCCUCCACCCAACAUCGACGGACCAUACUACCCUCCCUAUUUGUCACCCUUCACUGUUUCCGUUGUUGAUCCUAGGGGAUGUGACUGUCACAUCACCCAGUACUGUCCUGGUAGUUAUAAAAAUUGAAACGUUCUCGUGUUGAAUUAUUAUUGAAUACUGUGGCUAUUAGCAAACGAACACUACGAGUACUUAUGUUCACUUAUGAAUUGUUUUGUGUUAAUACAACGUGCACUAGCUGUUUGAAUAAAGAAUAUUUUGAAUAAUAUUUAACCUUCAUAUUAUAAAUAAAGAUUAUAUUGCA